GAUGGAGCCCCUCCCUGAUCCUAAACAUGAUAGAGUUGUAUCAUCAGUGCAGCCGCCUCCAGCUAAACCCCUAGCACUGAAUGUUCUUUACCCCCAAGGACAAGACAGCCCCCCAGACUGGAAAGAGCUGCGGUCGCACCUUCAACGGGAAGGCCGCGUGUUUAAAGAAGAUUGUUUAGAGAUCAUCAGAAAGGUCAACGACAUCACCAGCAACGAGCCAAACCUACUUAGGCUCAGCGACCCCAUCACAGUGGUUGGAGACAUUCACGGGCAGUACUAUGACUUGCUGAAGUUGUUAGAUGUGGGGGGCGACCCCGACACCACUCAGUAUUUAUUUUUGGGGGACUACGUCGACCGAGGCAGUUUUUCGGUCGAAGUUUUGCUGCUUUUGUUUGCUUUGAAGCUUAAUUAUCCUAGCCGAGUUUGGUUGCUUAGAGGGAACCACGAGUGCAGACAAAUGACGUCUUUCUUUAACUUUCGCGAUGAAUGCGAAUCAAAGUACGAUAUGGCUGUCUAUUAUGCAUUCAUGGAGCUGAGUCAAAUAGGAGGCAUCAACCGCUUUCAAGAACCUCCACGUGGGGGUUUAUUCUGCGAUCUUCUUUGGGCUGACCCCUUAGACGAAGCUAGAGAAGACGCAGAGGCGCAGCUCGCUCAGAGCACUGACGGUGGUCAAGAUAAUGCACGCAAACAUCGCGCUGGAACCCCCAUAAGCAGGGAGCGCGCUGAAGCCCUGAGACGCAAAGUGCAGUCUGUGGGGCGGCUGAUGAGGGUUUUCAAAACUAUACGGGAGGAGAACGAACUCAUUGUGCAGCUUAAGGGCUGCACGCCGGGGGAUCGGAUCCCCGUCGGCCUUCUUAUUCAGGGAAGACAAGGCCUCAAGAACGAACUGGAGAAGUUCCAAAAUGCGAAGCAAAUCGAUGCUAUGAACGAACGAAGGCCGGACGGGGCUCCAAAGCGUUAG